AUGCGGCUGGCUGCCAGGUGUGGGCACGGGGGCCAGGGGCUGCCCCCCCCGGGACAGCAGGUGCGGCUGGCUGCCAGGUGUGGGCACGGGGGCCAGGGGCUGCCCCCCCCGGGACAGCAGGUGCGGCUGGCUGCCAGGUGUGGGCACGGGGGCCAGGGGCUGCCCCCCCCCCCGGGACAGCAGGUGCGGCUGGCUGCCAGGUGUGGGCACGGGGGCCAGGGGCUGCCCCCUUCGGGACAGCAGGUGCGGCUGGCUGCCAGGUGUGGGCACGGGGGCCAGGGGCUGCCCCCUUCGGGACAGCAGGUGCGGCUGGCUGCCAGGUGUGGGCACGGGGGCCAGGGGCUGCUCCCCCCCCCGGGACAGCAGGUGCGGCUGGCUGCCAGGUGUGGGCACGGGGGCCAGGGGCUGCCCCCCCCCGGGACAGCAGGUGCGGCUGGCUGCCAGGUGUGGGCACGGGGGCCAGGGGCUGCCCCCCCCCGGGACAGCAGGUGCGGCUGGCUGCCAGGUGUGGGCACGGGGACCAGGGGCUGCCCCCUUCGGGACAGCAGGUGCGGCUGGCUGCCAGGUGUGGGCACGGGGACCAGGGGCUGCCCCCUUCGGGACAGCAGGUGUGGGCACGGGGGCCAGGGGCUGCCCCCUUCGGGACAGCAGGUGCGGCUGGCUGCCAGGUGUGGGCACGGGGACCAGGGGCUGCCCCCUUCGGGACAGCAGGUGUGGGCACGGGGGCCAGGGGCUGCCCCCUUUGGGACAGCAGGUGCGGCUGGCUGCCAGGUGUGGGCACGGGGGCCAGGGGCUGCCCCCCCCCGGGACAGCAGGUGCGGCUGGCUGCCAGGUGUGGGCACGGGGGCCAGGGGCUGCUCCCCCCCCCGGGACAGCAGGUGCGGCUGGCUGCCAGAUGUGGGCACGGGGGCCAGGGGCUGCUCCCCCCCCCGGGACAGCAGGUGCGGCUGGCUGCCAGGUGUGGGCAUGGGGGCCAGGGGCUGCCCCCCCCCCGGGACAGCAGGUGCGGCUGGCUGCCAGGUGUGGGCACGGGGACCAGGGGCUGCCCCCUUCGGGACAGCAGGUGCGGCUGGCUGCCAGGUGUGGGCACGGGGACCAGGGGCUGCCCCCUUCGGGACAGCAGGUGUGGGCACGGGGGCCAGGGGCUGCCCCCCCCGGGACAGCAGGUGCGGCUGGCUGCCAGGUGUGGGCACGGGGGCCAGGGGCUGCCCCCCCCCGGGACAGCAGGUGCGGCUGGCUGCCAGGUGUGGGCACGGGGACCAGGGGCUGCCCCCUUCGGGACAGCAGGUGCGGCUGGCUGCCAGGUGUGGGCACGGGGACCAGGGGCUGCCCCCUUCGGGACAGCAGGUGUGGGCACGGGGGCCAGGGGCUGCCCCCCCCCGGGACAGCAGGUGCGGCUGGCUGCCAGGUGUGGGCACGGGGGCCAGGGGCUGCCCCCCCCGGGACAGCAGGUGCGGCUGGCUGCCAGGUGUGGGCACGGGGACCAGGGGCUGCCCCCUUCGGGACAGCAGGUGUGGGCACGGGGGCCAGGGGCUGCCCCCCCCGGGACAGCAGGUGCGGCUGGCUGCCAGGUGUGGGCACGGGGACCAGGGGCUGCCCCCCCCGGGACAGCAGGUGCGGCUGGCUGCCAGGUGUGGGCACGGGGGCCAGGGGCUGCCCCCCCCCGGGACAGCAGGUGCGGCUGGCUGCCAGGUGUGGGCACGGGGGCCAGGGGCUGGCCCCCCCCCGGGACAGCAGGUGCAGCUGGCUGCCAGGUGUGGGCACGGGGGCUAG